UAUUGCCAAUACCUAUUCAUUGUUUAGCAAAAAUUGUGAACCGGUCAUGUAAUUUGAUGUCGUCCGUACUCUUUGUCACAUCUCACAUGUAUCCUAUCCCCACGUUCCUCUCUGCGAUUACAAAAAGCAAAUUCAUUUUCCCUAUUUUCUAGAUGUGCAUUUCCUUUUUUUUUUCGAUCGCAUGUUUCGAAUCGGCUCAUACUGGUUCGGGCUAAGGCUAAUGCUAAACAACGUUUUGCAGCAAUACGGGUGCAGUCUUACACACUUAUACCACAGAUUUAAAUAUUUAAAUCUGUGCUUAUAAGAUGUGUUUUUAAUACCUAUAGAGAUUGGGAAUUUCCGUAUCUUACUUCGCACGAUUCUAUUCGUAAAUAACGCUUUAAAUAUGUUAAUUAAUGUUUAUUGGGACUACGAAAACACAUGCCAGACACCAAAACUUGCAUUAUUACAAUACACGCUCAAACCGAGUUCUGUAGACUGUCGACAAAGUCGCGUUUAUAAUAAUAUACCUAAUAUUUAAUCCGAGAUUUAAUCUUUGAUGGUCUUUAAAAAUCUCCAAAAGAUUUCUAUUCACCAAGAGACUUUUAAGACCUUUAAACGUGAAACUAUGAAGAGGUCUCUUAAGAGUUCUUAAGAGUCGCCUACAAUCUCGAAAAGUCCCCAGGGCCUUUAUUGUUUUUACCAGUUUUAUAAAGUUCAAGGAUCUUUAAGAGCCGACUCGCUGAAUAUUUCGUAUAGUGCGUUCUCUCGUGUAGACACGUGUAGGUAUAGGUACCGCUCAAAACUGACGGCAUAUUGCUUAAAGUUACUUUGUCGCAUAGGUAUCAUUCUGCAUAUGAUAUGAUGAUAUGAUAACGUGAGUCGAGCAACCUCUACUACUAUAUUACCAAAUGCAACCGUGUGCGUCAUAUUGGAGAACCAAAAUUUGUGACGACUAAAAAUGGAUAAUCAUUUGUGUCAAUGACGAUUCUGCAGGAUCAAAGUACAUUGUCGUUUUGUGAUUUCAAAAAUUAGUGAACGGCUGAGAUUUGUGCAGCUCAGCACUAAUGAUUUUGUAAAAAAGUUCCGAAAACGAAAAUCUGAGCCAUGACUGCCAUAAGAUGGAGAUUGCUCAUUACCGCUUGUGUUAUAGCAAUAGCCGCCUUUCUAAUAGUAAAGUCUAACAAAAAUAACGUUUGCACAACGUUUGAGGACUAUUACUCGGAUAGAGAUAAAAAUCCAAACUGCUACUAUAAUCCUGAUCACGAAUUAGAAGUUCCUGAUAUCGCAAGACGACAUGGAUAUCCAAUAGAAAUCUAUAACGUAACAACAUCCGACGGUUAUAUACUAACGGUAUUUCGUAUUCCUCACGGACGAUUGAGUAACAAAACUUCCAAAAAACCACUCUUUUUGCAACAUGGCAUAACAUUAAAUGCGGGUUCUUUUCUAAUAAUCGGAAAAAAAUCCCUAGGUUUUAUGCUAGCCGAUGCAGGGUACGAUGUUUGGUUAGGGAAUUUUAGAGGAUCUAGAUACUCAAACAAUCAUACCCACUUAGACCACCGAAGUGAGUCUUACUGGAAUUUUAGUUUUCAUGAAAAUGGAGUGUUCGACUUAGACGCGCAAAUAAACCUCAUCAGCACAGUCACUAGGCGAAAAAUUAUUUAUGUUGGAUUUUCAAUGGGCACUACGGCCGCCUACAUUUACUUUAGCACCUAUCCGGAUCAAGAUAAGCUGAAAUUCUUCGUGGGAUUAGCUCCCGUAACAUAUGUAGAAGAUGUAUGGGUGAUGAAAGUUCUUUUGAGACCUUGGACAUUAGUUGCCGGUUUCGUGCAGCGUCUCACCCAUGGUAGGAUGUACCCGAGACCUUUCAUGCCAUUUUACUUAUACAAACUGAUCUGUUUUCCGUAUCCAUUUCAAAUCAAGAUGUGUCAAAUGAUUGAUAUGCUCAUCAUGGGGUUGAAUUACGAGGAAAAUGAUCCCGAAACGUUACCUGUCUCUUUGCUAUACAACUCUGAUGCGGUUAGUGUAAACACUUUCUGGCAUUUUUACCAACUAGUCCAUGCCAAUAAAUUUCAAUACUUCGACUAUGGAGAGUCGGGCAAUCUUGAAAAGUAUAAUAGGUCCACACCCCCAUUGUAUGAUCUGUCGAAGGUAAAUGUCGAAAAUCACUUAUUUUACGCGGAGAAUGACAAACUGGCACCGGUUAAGAAUGUCAAAAGACUUUUCGGUGAUUUACCGAAAACCCAUAUCCAUAAGUUCUAUCAGGUGAAAGACGAGCGUUUCAAUCACAUAGAUUUCGUUUCUGGGAAAAAUGCGGAUCGCCUCGUGUACCGACCUGUAAUAAAUUUGCUGAACGCUAUCAAAGAGGCAGAAAAUCCGUAACAGUGCUGCAUUUAGAAGCAGAAUAUGAUUUAGUGGUGACAAUUGGUACCUAGUAAGUAGAUAAAGGAAGUGCGUCAGCAGCCAUCCCAGGCAUUCAAUACACAACCCAAGUUUGGAAACACUAACCAUCGGUGUCGAUGGGUCAAAUAUAUACGCACGCAUGUGUAUAGUGUUAUGACGUCGGUCUCAUGGGCAAAAGUUGUAGUUAUAACCAAAAUAUGAAAUUUGUAGAAAUUGUAUACAAUUUGUAUUAAUAAUGUAAUGUAAGUAAUGUAUAUUUUAGUCGUAAUAUCACAUUAAAUGCCUGCGACACGUCCAACUACAGCAAAAAU